AUGGCUACCCCUGACAGGAGAAUGGUCUCUAGACCCCAGAGACCUGGAAAGGGUCCAAAGGAAAGCGGGGCCUGCCUGAGUCCCCUGGACAACCUGGAGUGUAAGGAGACCCAGGAGCUGGCACCGGUAGAGCUGGCCAUGCUGAGCAAGGCACAGGAAUUCUUUCAGACCUGUGACACAGAAGGCAAGGGGUUCAUCGCCAGGAGGGAUAUGCAGAGGCUCCAUGAGGAGUUACCACUCAGCCUGGAGGAACUGGAGCAUGUGUUUGACGCCCUGGAUGCUGAUGGCAAUGGCUUUCUGACGCCAGAGGAAUUCACCACUGGAUUUAGCCACUUCUUCUUCAGCCAGAAUAAGCCAGGUCAGGAAGAUGCAGGCGAGCAGGUUGAACGGCUCCAGGAAGAGAAGGUAUAUCAGUCCAGAGGGGAAGAACAUGCGGGCGGCACGGAUGAAGAUGAGGAGACUCAGUUCCAAACACUGAUGGACAAACUUGGAGCCCAGAAGGUUUCCGAGGAUGAAAGUGAUAUCAAGCAAGUCUGGCUGCAGCUGAAGAAGGACGAGCCUCACUUACUGUCCAACUUCGAGGACUUCCUGACCAGGACCUUCUCUCAGCUCCAGGAAGCUCAUGAAGAGAAGAAUGAACUGGAGUGCGCCCUGAAAAAGAAAAUUGCUGCUUAUGAUGAAGAAAUCCAGCAUCUCUACGAGGAGAUGGAACAACAAAUCAAGCAUGAGAAGGAGCAGUUUCUCCUGAAAGACAUGGAGAGGUUUCAGGCGUGCAGUCAGGAGCUGGAGCAGAAGCUGUUAUCCAAGGAGCAGGAGCUGGAGCAGCUCAUCCAGAAGCAGCAGCAGCUGGAAGGCCAGUGCACCACCCUGCAAAAUGAUGAGCAUGAAACCAAGGCUGAGAACACCAAGCUGAGAGUCACAAACCAGGAGCUGGCCCGGGAGCUGGAGCGGACCUCCCAGGAGCUGCAGGAUGCCCGGAAACAGCUGGAGAGCCUCCAGCAAGAGGCCCACCAACUCCACCAGGAGAAGGAGAUGGAAGUGUACCGUGUGACGGAGAGCCUGCAGCGUGAGAAGUUGGGGCUUCUGAAACAGCUGGAUCUCCUGAGGGAAAGGAACAAGCACCUUCGGGAUGAACGGGACAUCUGUUUUCAGAAAGAUAAGGCAGCCAAGGCAAACACAGCUGCUUCCAAGGCAAACUGGAAACAGAGAUCUGGCUCUGUGAUAGGCAAAUAUAUGGAUGGCAGAGGGAUUCUUAGGAGCCAGUCAGAGGAGGAAGAAGAUGUAUUUGGCUUCUCGAGAAGGAGAAGCUCCCUGGGCCUGAGUGGAUAUCCCCUUCCAGAAGAGGAGCCAGGACCUGGGGGUCCACUCACCCGGGCAUUCCGCAGAAUCAUCUCUAUUGAAGAAGACCCCUUGCCCCAGCUCCUGGAUGGUGGCUUUGAGCAGCCACUGAGCAAAUGCCCAGAAGAGGAAAAGGUCUCCCAACAGAGGGCGGAAGGACAAAGCCAACAGGCCAGACCUUUGGAAUGCAUGCCUACAUCUCCUCGAGGGCAACCUAUUGGAAAAGAAGACCUGUCUAAGGAGGAAGCCUCUCCCUCCAUCCCAGACCGGCUCUUCAAAAUUGUGUUAGUGGGCAACUCGGCCGUGGGGAAGACAUCUUUCCUGAGGAGGUUCUGUGAGGACCGGUUUGCCCCAGGCCUGGCAGCCACUGUAGGUGAGUUCUCGGGUCCCACUCUGGGAAGGGGACGGUAUGAGAAGGGGGCCCAGGAAGGGACUGGGGGCCCAGCAGGAGUGACCAUGGGGGCCUGGCGGGCAGGGGAGGCUGUUAAAGUUCAGUGGGACACCAGAGGACCUGGAUCUUCAUCCCAACUCUGCCGCUGGCUGAUCAGCCGUGUGACCUCUGGAGGACAUGCCCCACCUUGGGGCUUCAAGUUUUUCCUCCUGGAGGAUUUGAACCAGGUCAUCCAGGAAGGCUUCCAAGCCUGGUUCUCAGUGCAGACGAUGUAUUGCUGUAUCACCCAGCAGUUCUUCAGGAAGGCCGAUGGCGUCAUCGUCAUGUAUGAUCUCACAGCCAGACAGUCAUUCCUGUCGGUCCGGCAGUGGCUGAGCAGCGUGGAGGAAGCUGUGGGAGACCGCAUUCCUGUUCUUCUGCUGGGCAAUAAAAUUGACAAUGAGAAAGAGCGGGAAGUUCCCCGAGGCCUUGGAGAGAAGCUUGCCAAGGAGAACAAUCUGAUCUUCUAUGAAUGCAGUGCCUAUUCCGGUCACAACACCAAAGAGUCCCUACUUCAUCUAGCCAGGAUCCUCAAGAAACAAGAAGAUACAGCAAGAGAGGACACCAUACAGGUUGACCGCUCUGCCAAAAAGAAAUCCUGCUGUGGCUGAUAGGAGUCCUCCUAGGACUGUUCCACCCAGGCCUGGGGUCCUAGGACCUACCCUGAAUCCUGCACAUAGGCUCCCACUUGGAUGCCUCCACCAUAACCCGCCCAAACCUUUGUCUGUGUCAGUGACUUGCCUCCACCAACAGGAGGGGAAGCACAUCUAGUCAGGAAAGCUGCUCUUGGAGCAUUUUGAAAUCUUCUCUCUCUUCUCUCUCUAGACCCCAGAUGUCCAUUUUUCCCCCAGCUUGGAUUUGUGGGGAAAAGAAACAGAUGGGAUUUUCCAGAAAAAUCACCACAUGCCUUCUCCACCUCCCUUCUGCUCCCCUUGCCCUUUGGAGCUGCAGCACUGUGGUUGCCAUGGCAACUGUGCAGGGCAGACUUGCUGCUUCCUGUAGGCCAAAGAUAAAGCACUUGGGCAGGAUAAAGCCAGGAUGGUUGGUCUUCCCUUGGCUCCUCGGGACAUCAAUGGGAUGCUCUUGGCAUAUGCUUCGUGGACCUUGAGAUGCCCACACAGGUUGAGAAAAGCAAGCCAGGGCACCC